AUGGACAAUGGUUUCUGGGGUCCUGUGCGAGUUUAUGGGUGCCCUCGUACCAUUCUCUGCCUUUUUGCUGCGCUCAAGGUCUGCCCAUACCUCGCUUCCUCCUUUGCUUUCCCCAGCGAGGACCACCUCAUCACCUCCCUUUCGUUCUAUUGUCGCAUCUGCUUGCCAUUAUAG